CGGAACGUUAGCGUCAUUCGAAUUUUUUUACACUGUCAUAGAUAAAAAAUGCAUAGCAGAUAGACAGACUAUACAAUAUUGUUUAUUUAUAGUAAACAGGUUCUGUACGCGGUCAGUGCCUUGUGCUGAGAUGCACUAGUGCAUUCGUCUCAAUAUGGAACGACUUACGAUUUUGAUUGUAUCAAUCGCAGUAUGCAUUGUGCAAUGUAAAGAACAAAGCGAAAGUGUAUUGUCUGCUGUCCUAACCCCGGCCAAGAAUCUGGUCCGUCAAGAGAGAAGUUACUACGAAAGAUAUGGAUACGGACGACCGUAUGACAGGCUAGAUGAUAGACCGUCAAGAUGUGGGCGAUGUGAUGAUGACGAUGAUGAUUAUGACAGGGGACGCGACAGAGACGAUGACCAUAGAUCGAAUAGACCAACUUAUAACAAUAGAAACGAUAGAAACAAAAACCACGAUGACGACGACGAUAGAAGAUACGACAAUGAUAGGAAGAACAGCAACAAAAAUGGAACGGAUGAUGAAAAUGAUGAUAAGAAACGUCCUUAUGAUGAUAAGGAUAGAGACAAACACUAUAGCAGUAGGAGAAACAAGCACAAGAAUAGAUACGAUGACAGAAACAGAUAUAGGUUCGAUUAUUACGAUAGAUUUCUAAGAGAUCCAUACAGGGAUAGAUACGAUGAGGAUAGAUACUACGACGAUCCGUAUUCAAGACGACCUACCUAUGACAGAUACCCGGAAAGAUAUGAUGAUUAUGGCGGAGGUUACGGUGGUUACGGCAAUGCAGGAUACAGAAGACCUUAUUAUGACGAUAGGUAUAAUAGAGGAACAGGAUACGAUGAUUCUUUCGGAGGAUAUGGUCCAGGAGUAGGAAGGGGUCCACAUGAAAGUUUCAGACCCUGGGACGAAACAUACCGCGGUCAGGCAGGUUGGGAUGCGGGUGGUAGGGGGUACUACUUCGCGUCUGGACGACCAGAUGCGGGUACGUGGGGACAGCGUGAAUACUCUAGACCUGUUACAUCUGGAGGCGGUUGGCAGAAUGUAGGAUAUAGUGGAUAUGCAAGCGGAAGUAAUGGAUACUCAAGCGGCAACAGCGGAUAUCCUGUAUAUCGUGGCGCAAGUGGAUAUGCUGAUGGGUACCAGGACUUGAAUGUCGGAUACGGACAAUCUAGUGGCUGGCGAAAUGUUGGCGAGCGCCGACCCUAUAGAGAUCAGAGUGGCGUAGAAAACUUGGAUAAACGAAAAACGCAACCAUAUGACAGCCGUUACGGGCAGAACCAACCUGGUCAAAGUCAGAUCAUAACAUAUCAGCCAGGAACUUAUACACAUAGCAGUACAACGCCUUCAACGAGCUAUUUAUUUCAACGGGAUGAUGAAAUAGUGACAAAAGCCGAGACUACCGUGCCGCCAUCUUAGAUACGCCAUUACAUAUAAAAUUCCCGCCACCAUUUUCCCGCCUUUAUUUCAAUCGAUACAUAUUAUUUUGUACUCUAAUGAAACAGAAUAAAAAUUUACAAAUCUUUUAAUUUGAUUGUUUAAUG